GGGAAAUGGAGGCGGGGCCUAGGAGAUUCCGGCCUCAGGGUGGACGCAGUGGUUCUGCACCGAGGGCCUCGUCAUGGUGGGACCCGUGUGGUACUUGGUAGCGGCGGCUCUGCUAGUCGGCUUUAUCCUCUUCCUGACUCGCAGCCGGGGCCGGGCGGCAUCAGCCAGCCAAGAGUCACUGCACAAUGAGGAGCUGGCAGGAGCAGGCCGGGUGGCCCAGCCUAGGCCCCUGGAGCCUGAGGAGCCGAGAGCUGAAGGCAGGCCUCGGCGCCGGAGGGACCUGGGCAGCCGCCUACAGGCCCAGCGUCGAGCCCAGCGGGUGACCUUGGCAGAAGCAGAUGAGAAUGAGCAGGAAGCUGUCAUCCUAGCCCAGGAGGAAGAAGACGUUGAGAAGUCAGCGGAAACUCACCUGUCAGGGAAAAUUGGAGCUAAGAAACUGCGGAAGCUGGAGGAGAAACAAGCGCGAAAGGCCCAGCGUGAGGCAGAGGAGGCUGAACGUGAGGAGCGGAAACGACUCGAGUCCCAGCGCGAAGCUGAGUGGAAAAAGGAGGAGGAGCGGCUUCGCCUAGAGGAGGAGCAGAAGGAGGAGGAGGAGAGGAAGGCCCGCGAGGAGCAGGCCCAGCGGGAGCAUGAGGAGUACCUGAAACUGAAGGAGGCCUUUGUGGUGGAGGAGGAAGGCGUGGGAGAGACCAUGACUGAGGAACAGUCCCAGAGCUUCCUGACAGAGUUCAUCAACUACAUCAAGGUAAGCAGCCACGGAACAGAGCCUGAAUGUCAGCUCCCUGCCUGGUGUGUGCAGGUCGGUUGCCUCCAGCAGGGGCUGCAGGCAGUGCAUUCAGGCUCAUGCAGGAGUGGGCAGGGGGGCCUAGAGGGGCAGAGCUGCAGGGUCCUGGCCAGGAGUGUUUCUCCCCGCUCCGACCCCGAAGGUGGAGAAGGACCUGGGUCUGUGUGGGAGGUGCAAGCCUUUGAUCGCUUCCUCACACUCAGUUUGACAGUUUCCCUGCUCUUCAGACCCCACGCUCAGUGAGUCAGUGUGUUUUCAAGUCUCUUCACAUGUGUUUUCUGUCAGUUCUGUCACACUGAGGCUCCACUGAGUUGAAACAAGCAUCCUCUGCCAUGUGCUCCUGACUGGGAACUUGGGUCUUUCAGAGGAAACAGGAUGGUGUUUCCUUUGGAGUCUAGGGUGGGGCGGCAGUGUGUCCCCUUCUGUCUGCAGCCCCUGCGCAGGCCGCCUCAGUGCUGCUCCAGGUUGCAUAAGCACAUCCUACUUUGCUUUGCUGCUAAGCAACUUCUCUCCCACGAAGGAUGCCAUGAGGGGAGAGGUUUUCAAGUGCAACUCAGAGGUGCAGAGGCGGCUGAGGGAAGGAGUGCAGAGGGAGCGGGGGCGGUGGUGGGGGUGCUACUAGGGGCUGCCAAGGACCCAGGGCUUGCAUAAUCCUCCCGCCACCUCUCCUGAAAGAGAGCAGGGUUUAGACGCCUGCCGACAGUGAGGGACUGGGCUCACAGCCUUGAGUCUGGGGUUCCUAAGUGGGGAAAAUGCUGGCAGCUUUGACAGGGUCCUGUCUGCUCAGGCUGUGUGCACUCCCCGCUCAUGGAGCCCUUUCUCUACCCUGGCACACUUGAUUAGGGGCUGCGACCGGGCAGAAUAUCUCUCACACUUGCCUACUGCUGUUUGGAACUUGUCCCCGCCUACCCAGUAGGCAGUAAGAUGGUCCUGAAGCCCCUUCCCUGGAAGCCUUCCCAGGUGGAAUUAGAGGAGGGGGUCAGCUUC